AUGGCGACGCUGGGGACGCAGAUGGAGACGCUGCUGGCGUCCUGGGACGACGCCACGGCGCCGAUAGAUUCGCGUGUGAGAGAGGACCCUCUGCUAUUUGCAUCUGACUUCCUAGCACGAGUCAGCAGCUUCUCCAUCGCCUCCUGGUUCGCCAAACCAGACGUUAUCAGUGCAUUCGAGUGUGCUCGUCAUGGAUGGAUGAACUCAGCUCCAGAUCAACUGCAUUGCAACUGUUGCAAGCAGUUUUUGUGCUUCAAGAUCAACGAUAAGCUGAGUACGGCAGGUGCACUUAAAGUGGCUCAUAUAUUUGCUGAACAGUUGAUAACUGGGCACACUGAGCUGUGUCCAUGGCGUGGAAAUCCAUCCCCAGAAGCAUUCACGACGCUUCCUAUCGCGAGUAAACGCCAAGUAUACGAGACGUUUAUGGUUCGACUAGAGGAAUUGGUGACGCAAAUGCACAAGAAAGAUGAGCGAAUGAAAAGUAUUAAAGUCAUGGAUGCAGUCGCAGCCAAGAUAUUAAAAGAAGCAGAUGACUCUGAGGAUGCUGCAGAUUUUCAGAAUACUACGACGUUUGCAUCGAAGCUAUUAGCGAAGAGUCCACUGCUCAGAGACGCCUCCGUGAGCUCUGAAGUGCUUGUUAACGCUGCAUUCCUGGUCGUGUGUGGAUGGCAAUUUGAUGAUAAAGACGAGGAAAUGCUGUGGUGCGGAUCCUGCAAUCGAAGGUGGCAAGCUAUCCCGACCAAGAAGAAUGAUGGUGAAGAGAGUGAACCCCCUGCAAAGCGUAUGAAGACUGACGCAGUGCAGUCAGUUGAUCUACUGUCCCAGCACCGACACUUCUGUCCGUGGGUUGCUGAGCGUAAAUCUACUGGUGUAGAUGACUAUGGUGAGAUGGACCCAAAGUUGUGGGAAUUCAUCAAACUGCCGGGGUGGAAGCAAUAUGCUCAGGCUUUGUGUUUUCUCGGCAAUUUAGAAGACCGAGCUAUCGUGGCUGUGGCUUCUAGCGACUUAAACGCAACGAAGGUGUGCGAUCCAGUGGAAGCACUGGAGUCAAUACGGGCUGUACUGGGUCUGUAACGUAGUAAUUACGACUUGGAAUCAAGGUUUGACGCUAUAAUUGAGCUGC